AAGCAUGGUGAGAGUGGCAACCCGGACGGUCAUGCAUACUCGAGCAGCUCUGGUGGCUCCAACAGACAAGCUGGCCCUACUCGGCCCGUCAUUAGACCUUCCUCGAACCCAGCCAGCCGCGUGAAGACUCCUGAGCAGCAAGAUGCAAGCCCCAGUCGGGUCGACUCGCCCUUUGCACCGGAGAUGCCUACCAGCGAGCAAUCAUCCUUCACAUUAAACGGUCAUCAGAUCAGUGAGAUGUUCAAGGCUCGAUCGAGCGCGACUGCCAGCCCACCAAAACCGUCGACACCAGUCUCUCCAGCCACCAGGAUCGACAGCCCUCGUCAACCUUCUAACCACCAAAAUGCAUCAAGCAGGCCUCUUACGCGCAAUACUAGAGGGCAAUGGGAUUUGGAGCAGGAGUUCAAAGUGAAGAUUUUUGGUAUACCCAAGCAGUACUGGACCAAAGAUAUCUACUUCGCCACGUCCAGGUUCGGUACCGUGACAAGGAUCGAAAUGGAACUUCUCAGCCGAGACAACAAUGCAUGGGUGACCUUACAAUCUCCUCUGAACAGCUUGCCUUCUCAGCUUCGCAUCGGCCCAGACUUCGUGCGCUGCGAGAAACGCACAGCAUGCACGAAACCCAUUCCUAGCCCUGUGGAUCCAACCACCCAGUAUCAGGAGUUCAACAUCCUUUUUGCCAACUCGCUCAGCUUUGGUGUACAGACUGGAGAGAUGAGCCUGGUCAACAUGCACGAAGUGGACACUAUCGGCAGGGUCCAGAUCAUGUUGAAUCUAAGACGAAAAGAGCUUGAGAUUCAAUUUCCUUUGACGAUCGAUGAUGAAACCCACCAAUUCUGCUUCCUAUUGCCGAUCUCUCAACUUUCUUACAUUCACAAGACACAGGAUGGAAGUGGCUCAUCUGCCUUGAUCAUUCCAUUUGACCGUCCGCCCCACUUCUUUGUCCAGAAGAAGCCAACGAUGAGCGAUGAUACUCCGUUUCCCACGAAAGAGCGCGUCUGGAAUAUUUGGAGCACUUUUUUCCGCAAAACCGAUGUGGUCGAUAGCUGCACAAGGGAAAAGAUGCAAGUGCAGCCUUUGAUGGAUCACAAGGGUUCGGCAAUCAUCGACAUAGGUCACUGGACUAUCUAUCGCCUGUCAUUCGACAAUGGCACAUUGCCUGGACCCAAGUUCAAGGAGUUUCGUAGUGCGCUUGUUGACUUUGGAGUCACGUUCCAGGACUGCGACCAGUUCACCAUAUCCUCAGGGCAUCCGUCGUCUCUCUCGAACAUGCUAGGUGAAGAGUUCACGGGCACACAUUCGCAUCUCAAGGCUUCGCACAAGACCUCUUUCUUCGAAGAUUUUGCUGUCGAUCAAGUCCACCUAACGUUUCCUGUACGCUAUCAGCUUGAAGCAUGCCUGUCGAAUGGUUAUAUCAAAGAGAGCAGUGUGACUCGCGACUUCCUCACGAAGCUGGCAUCCAUGGAUGCUCGUCGGGCCAUUCACAUCCUCGAAAAGGUGGUUGACAAGCAGUACGUCUACUACGACCCCAUGGACAUCUUCAAAAUUCGCUUGAAGAUCACAUCGCAGAGGUCGAUUCCCAAACACUGUGUGAUGGAGCGAUCCGUCAACAUCACGCCAACCAUGAUGCAUGUCGCAUCACCAACCAUGGAGGUCUCCAACAGGAUCACUCGCCAAUACGUUGCGGACGCCGACAGGUUCAUCCGCGUCAAGUUUUCUGACGAGAAGGGCGAAGGUGCGAUAAGGAACAUCUCCGGCGACAGAGCCGGUGAGCUCUUCAAUCGAGUCAGUCGUGCCAUGAGAAAUGGCAUCGUCGUCGCUGGGCGAUAUUACGAGUUUCUUGCUUUUGGAAACUCACAGUUUCGUGAGCACGGUGCUUACUUUUACGCACCGACGUCCACCAAGUCAGCGCACGACAUCCGUGUGACUUUGGGUCAGUUCGACCAUAUCAAAACUGUCGCCAAGUACGGUGCUCGGCUGGGACAGUGCUUCUCCACCACUCGCGCCAUGCAAACAACUGUUAAUGUACACAAGAUUCCUGACAUCGAGCGGAAUGGCUACACCUUUACCGAUGGAGUGGGGAAACUUUCUCUUUUCCUGGCUCAAAUGGCUGCGCAAGACCUUGGCCUAUAUAACGCUUUCGACGAUCCGCCAUCCUUGUAUCAGUUCCGUCUGGGCGGUUGCAAAGGUGUGCUUGCACUUGAUCCAGCCAUCACAAAGAAAGAGGUUCACAUUCGCCCAAGUCAAUUCAAGUUCGAGGCUCCAUAUACCGGCCUCGAGAUCAUUCGCUGCUCAUCUCUUGCCACGCCGUUCUUAAACCGACAGAUCAUUGUCAUAUUGUCAGAUCUGGGUGUGCCCGACGACGUCUUCAUCCGGAAGCAGCAACAAAUGGUGAAUGCUUAUGAGCUGGCCAUGACGGACAAGACAGAAGCUUUGAACUGUCUUCUGAAACACAUCGACAUGAACCAGACAACUUUAACGAUGGCCAGCAUGGUCUUGGAAGGAUUUCUGGACACCCAAGAGCCGUUCAUGAUGUCUCUCCUGAACCUCUGGCGAGCUAGCGCCAUCAAGGAGCUGAAGAAGAAAGCUCGAAUUGCUAUCGACGAAGGCGCUUUCGUGCUUGGCUGUGUCGACGAAUCCGGUACAUUGCGAGGCCAUCGUGAUGAACCACAGUCACGGCUUGAUGCAACCAGGGAAGAGAAGAUCAGCACUCUGCCGGAGAUCUUCAUUCAAGUUGACGAUACCAGCCGGAAAGGCCACUACAAGGUUAUUGAGGGCAUCUGCGUACUCGCGCGCAAUCCAUCUUUGCACCCUGGGGACAUCCGUGUCGUUCGUGCAGUCGAUGUUCCAGCUCUGCACCACCAUAAGAACGUUGUCGUACUCCCACAGACAGGCGACCGCGAUCUCGCCAACAUGUGCUCGGGCGGUGACCUCGAUGGCGAUGACUACAUGGUUUUAUGGGACCAGAACUUGAUACCGAAGAUUGUUGAUCCCAUUGACAUAUCGGAGGUUGGCGACUUCUUCGUCACGUAUAUGAAGAACGACUCGCUUGGUCAGAUCGCUCACGCGCACCUGGCACAAGCUGAUGAUCAACCCUCUGGUGUCGACAGCAAUAUCUGCCUGGAACUGGCGAAGCUACAUUCUCAAGCAGUGGACUACUCCAAGAGCGGUAUCCCAGCUAUCAUGGAACAUACACUGAGACCGAUGAAAUGGCCUCAUUUCAUGGAGAAGAGACACCUACCCACAAACCGGAUCUACCAGUCCAAGAACAUCUUGGGUAUGUUGUAUGAUCAAGUGCAGCUUGUCGAUUUCACCCCCACAGAGGAAUAUAAUUUUGAUCAGCGAAUCCUCGACGCUAUUGUUUCCGACAAGCCUCUGCUAGAGAAGGCAGCGCAUAUCAAAGCAAACUACGAUAACGACCUGAAGAGGUUGAUGGCGAAGCACGGUAUCCAGACUGAGUUUGAAGCCUGGUCCGUUUUCGUGCUGGCGCAUAACAAAGAGACUCGAGACUACAAAUUUGCAGAAGAGUUCGGUCGGACUAUUGGAGUCCUGAAAGCACAGUACCGAGAAACCUGCAUCACCGCCGCUGGAGCGAAGAGCAUCGCCGACUGGGAGCAUAUGGGUCCGUUCGUCGCCGCUAUGUACUCUGUAAGCGCGCAACAGACGAGGGAAGCACUCAAGGAAUGCAAUACGAAGACCGUUCGAGGCCAGCAGGCAGCUGUGCGCGGGAUGGACACGGAGAACAUGCCCUUGAUGUCCUUCCCGUGGUUAUUCCACAAGGAGCUGGGAAAACUGGCAACCGGAAACAAGGCGAAGCCUGAGUUCGAGACGAUUCAACUAAAGCGCCAACAAAGGCAUCGCACCAAUAACGCGAGAGAGACAGAAGUCGAGCCAGGCACGGUGGAGACUGCUGAAGGUAUUACGCGAUUUGGAGAGAUGUUGAAUCUGGACUUC